AUGGGCGGCGGGGUACUUUGGUUAUGUUGCUCGCAAACAACACAGGCCCUCUCGAGUGUGGCGCAAUCACCAUCAACAGCAACCGCAAAUGCCUCGUCCGAGGUUGCCGCAGCACCUUUUUUUGUGGCCCGCCAGAUAGACGGGAUCCCGUUUGAUGGAGCCCGCCCCAUGCCCAUGGCUCUGGCCUGGCUGGCUGGCUGGCUGGCUGGCUCUGAGUUUCGGCUUCGUGAAACGUUGAUCCCCCAUCCGGGAGGCCGCGACCCGCUUCCUCAUGGAAGGGUGCGCGGCACUGCUGCGGCGCUCAGCGCUAACCAGGCGACGGGGGCACUGUCCAUUGACCGUGCUGCUGUAUGGCGCGUGCGCCAGUGGCGGAAAAAGGUAAUCUGGCUGGAGGCUGAGCCGGGAAACAUGCAAGCCUUUGAGGUGCCAACCGCCUACGAACGAAAUACGCGCCAGCCCCCAGCCUGGGCGCUUCCAGUCGACGCGUAA